GAACGUUCCCGUUAGCCAAUAGAUUUGCUUAUCUAAAAGUAAUCAUUCCCACCCAUUUCUAAGAAUGCCAGAGAUAUUCGCUAAUGGCGACGGUCUGGUCAGGCGAAGCAUCAAGGCGUAACAUGGUUUGGAAGGUGAAGACUGCAGGGUCACCGGACAGAGUCGAGGAGCCCCACCAGGGGGCGCUGCAGGGUGCUGUGAGAACGGCCGAGGCCUUCAACAUGCUCAAGUGCAAUACGCCCUCCUCUCUCACACUCCCGUCCAGUGAGAGUCAUGUGGAGUAUGAUGACCUUCCCGAGCUGCAGGAGGCCCAGGAGGUGGAGGUGUCGUCGGAGGCCUUCCAGGUGCCGGUGGGCGUGUCCCAUCAGGAGCGUCCGCGGGACACCUGGAGGCCAGGUGACCUCCCCGACACCAACUGGCUGACUGAGCUGGCCAACAUCGCCACAAGCACCCAGAGUCCUCUCCUGCUGAGCCCCGCCCGCAACAGGUCCUCUCCUGUACACAUCUCAGCCAAUAGCAGCAGUUUACAUUCCUACGCCCGCCCUCCAUUGGCCCCCGCCCCCGCCCGGAGUCACUGGAGAGAGCGCAGGCGCCUCAGGGCCAGGAGCGAGUGGGAGCCGGGAGCGUCCUGCAGGACGUCCCUCUGGGAUGAGGAGGACGUGGGCUGGUCUCAGUCCUGGCCCGCCACGGCCUGGCUCUGCUUCCUGAAAGGCACGCGCGUGCGGUUCCACGGCGGGCGGGGGGCGGAGUGGCGGGACGUGGAAGACCUGUCCGACUCGGAGUCUGAGGGCGAGGGAGAGACGCCGGGCCCCGCCCGCCAGGGCUACGGCUCUGAGGGCCUGACGUUAGUGGCACACGAAGAGGUCGUGUCUUUUGGCCAGUCGGUUUUGAAGCUGACCUUUGACCCCGGCUCUGCGGGCCAUGACUUACUGACCGCAGAGUGCAGCCUGGGCCAUCCUUUUUAUGUGAAAAACAAAGGAUGGUCCUCCUUCCACCCGAGCCUGACGGUGGUGCAGCACGGGAUCCCCUGCUACGAGGCCCAGCCGGGCGACGUGUGUCUGCCCCCGGGCCACCGCGACGCCGUCGGCUCUGCCCACUCCCUGGUCUUCCACACCUUCAGGAGGUUUGACUUCACGCCUCUGGACUCCUCAGCUGUGUACGUCCUGAGCAGCAUGGCUCGCCAGCGCAGGACCUCCCAGUCCAGCGGGGGCGCUGUCAGCCCCGGGCCUGACCCCCCCAGCCCCGCCCAGCCCCCCCACAGCAAGGCCAGGAGGAGACCCUCCCCGGGGGCAGCCAGCCCGGCCACGCCCACAAAGUGCAAGCGGCCAAUGAAUGCCUUCAUGCUCUUCGCCAAGAAGUACAGGGUGGAGUACACACAGAUGUACCCUGGCCGGGACAACAGGGCGAUCAGUGUGAUCCUGGGGGAUAAGUGGAAGAAGAUGAAGCAGGAGGAGAGGAGGAUGUUUGCCACAGAGGCCAAGGCCCUCGCUGAGGAGCAGAAACGCCUCAAUCCAGACUGCUGGAAGCGCAGGAGAACCAGCUCACAGGGACCACAGCCGAACUGAACAGACAGACCCAACGCAGACGGCCUGUGUGGAACUGCACCAGAUGCCACGCCUCAGACACUUUAAAGUCGCCAUCUUCCACUUCAAACACAACACCACGAAACAAGCAACUAUAAACCACACACCGGUGUGCCGAAUCACUUUCUCCUGUUUUUUUCACCACAAAAAUGCCUUAUUCUUCCAAAGUAAGAUGCUACGCAGUUCUACUUCAGGUAAAAUUUUUUCAGGUAUCUAUUCUAUGCUUGAAACGGAGACCUUGUGGUGCUGAUUGUAAGUAGUGGGAGGUGGAGAUGUAUUUUGUUUUUCAGUGUUUUUAGUGUAAAAAGGGGAAACAGAGAUGCUUUAUUUUUUCGCUGUACGUGUGAUGAUAUUUGUGCGUGUCAGUAUGUAUUGCACAGACAUGGUGAGUGUGUUUGCUAUGCGUCUGCUGGAGGACUGGGGGAUUGCGUAAGAAGACCGGCUUCACAUACACUAUGGCUGUGAAAUCAGAGUAACACAGAGUAACAUAUAAUGACACAUGGGGUGGAACUUCUCUCUCUCUCUCUCUCUCACACACACACACACACACCUGUGCACAAAUGCAAACACACACGCAAAUGCACACACUGACAUGCAUGAACUUACACAUGUUCCUUUGGACUCUCUCACUCACACACAUACACACACACACACAGACACACACACACACAGGUACACACAGGCACACACAGGCACACACCACUUAGGGGCUAUGACCUGCCCCCAAGUCUCUUUGCACUUUAAUAUACAAACAUAAAAAUAUAAAUAUAAAAAAUAUAUUUUAUAUUGUGUAUAAUUUCUGAGCUUCCGUUGUAUUGCAUUUUUAAAUCUUUAAAUCUUUUGCCAAGAAUAUAUGGUCUCCGGCAAACUCUUGCACAACAUUUACUGUAUUGUAUAAUGACUAUACAUUUAAAUAUUGUCUAUUUGGUC